CUCCAGCCACAUCAAGCGUUGACUGUUCGGAGUGCAAUGAUUUAUGCAAGUAUAGUAUUGUUAUAUACCCUUUAACCCAACUGUGCUAGUGAUAUCUUUGUAAGAUUGUCGCCUGCCGAGAGCGCGGUAAGAUAAACUGAUUAUCCAACGAAUAUCGAACCUAAAACUAACUUUACCCAGUUUGUGUAGCCUGGGUCUUCAUCCAGUAGCAAGUUCCUGUGUAGAAGAGUUCAGCCUCCUGCCACGUAGCAGCGACUUCCUUGGAUGCAGACAUCAAUAAAAGUCCAAAAUUCCAAGAAACUUUCGAAGAACAGCCUACAUUGAACAGUAGCAGAUGCAAAACUAUGCUGAGGGUUAUGUUGGACAAGGCUGGACAAGACAGACCUGUUGCAUAUUUGAUGAGCCAGCGUGAUUAAGUUCUGUAUUUGGGGAAAAAUAAAAUGGGUUGUCCCAUCCUGGUGCUCACUAUCAUUGUGUCCACUCUUGGUGGUCUUGUGUUCGGCUAUGAGCUUGCAAUUGUAUCUGGAACUCUACCACAACUCCAAGCUCAGUUCCAUCUGGAUUGUGUUCAGCAGGAAUCUGUGGUUAGCGCUCUUCUGAUCGGAGCAUUGUCGGCCUCUGUGGUUAGUGGUUGGAUAAUUGAUCGUCAUGGCAGGAAGGCAUCUAUUUUACUGAGCAAUCUCCUCAUUCUGGGGGGAACACUUAUCCUGACUACAAGCACAUCUUUUCUGUCAUUGGUGUUUGGUAGGGCAAUCAUUGGCUUUGCUAUGAGCAUAUCUUCCAUGAGCUGCUGCAUCUUUGUCUCGGAGAUGGUUGCUCCAACAUGCCGAGGUGUGAUGGUGACCCUGUAUGAAGUUGGUAUUACUGUUGGGAUCUUGUUGGCCUAUGCUGUCAACUACAUUUUAACUGGUGCCCAAGCAGGAUGGAGGUACAUGUUUGGGCUCGUUGCUGUACCUUCCCUCAUGCAGUUGGUCUCCAUUGAGUUUCUGCCUCAACAAAAUGGUUCCUCUGUAAGUCUCAUGGCUGAGGAUGAAAGCCAGCAAUCCGAUAGAUUAGCAGAGGGAACUUCAAACCAAAACCAACCAGACAAUGUGCAAUAUAGUGUCCUUCAUCUUUUUAAAUCCAAAAAUAACAUGUGGAGAAGAACUGCUAUUGGUCUUGGGCUGGUGCUCAGUCAACAGUUCACAGGUCAGCCGAAUGUCCUCUUCUACGCUUCCACCAUCCUUUACUCUGUUGGAUUCCAGAGCAAUGCAUCUGCAGAUCUUGCCUCUGUGGGUUUGGGUUUUGUCAAAGUCAUUGCUACACUUGUAGCAAUGGUCUGUUCAGACAAGGUUGGCAGAAGAUCACUGCUGAUUGGUGGUUGCUCAGUGAUGGCAGUAGGACUGAUGCUUACUAGUAUCUUGAGUUGGCAAUCAGUAAUUGAUACAACAAAACACUGCAGCUCUUUGGAGCCAAAUUCAAAUCUCACCUUACUAGUUGAAAAUCAAAGGAAACUAGACAACAACUCACUCAUUCAGGACCAGAGUUCUUCAUGGAGUGCACAUGAAACACAUGAUACCUAUGAAUAUUCAAACAAUGAGAUGUAUAAGUGGGCUAUUUUUAUCUGCAUGAUGGCAGUUGUCAGUGCUUUCUCAGUGAGCUUUGGACCAAUGACAUGGCUUGUGCUAAGUGAAAUAUUUCCAAAGGAAGUGCGGGGAAGAGCAUUUGCAUUCAUUAACUGCUUCAAUGUGGGGGCCAACCUCAUAGUGUCCUUUUCUUUCUUGAAUAUAAUUGAUGUGAUAGGUCUGUUUGGAACAUUCUUAAUGUAUGGAGUUAUUGGAAUGGCAGCUGCUGUGUUCAUCUAUCUUGUGCUACCAGAGACCAAUCAAAAAUCUCUUUAUCAGAUCGACAGAGAGCUUUCUCACAAACGAUUAUUCCACAGCAAGGAAUUCUGCAAUAUUUUCCAGAGAAGUUUCUCUCCGGGUUAUCAGAGAGUGCAUUGGACAAGUACAUCAAUAUGAAAUCCUAUGCAACAUCAAUGUCAUCAUCAGAAAUAUUGGGUUGCUCUCAAUGUCACUUCACUUUUGUCAUCAUAUGUCCUGCUAGAUGUAGAUCUAAACAUUUAUCACAUAUUUGCCACCAUUAAAGGGAUAGUUCACCUAAAGAUGAUAAUUCUCUCAUCAUUUACUCACCCUCAUGCUGUCUCAAACUCUCUUUGUCCAUACAAUGUACUAACAUGGGGUCCAAAAAUUUCAAGCUCCAAAAAUGACAUGAAGGCAGCAUAAAAGUAAUCUAAAUAACUUAAGUAGUUUAAUCCAUGUCUUCUGAAGCAAUACCAUGGCUUUGGGUGAGAAGCAGACCAAAAUUUGGUCCAAAAGUCUGUUAUACUCUCUAAAUCUUCUUGCUGCUAAAACAUAAAACAUGCAGUUGAAUUUGAAUGCUAAACAUUCUAUCCACAUUUUCCUACGUCCCGUGAUGCUUAGGGAGAAAUAUAGGUGUUACUUCCGUUGUCAAGUAAACACAGCUGUGGUUGCGGUGUACAUCCAUUGAUUCUUUCGUUGUGUGUUGGGAUUUUGAGGGGAGUGUGUAUGAUUUCGUGAGGACAUACAUCAAUCACUAUAUCAGUGUGUUACUGAACAAUAAUAAACGUAAAGUCAUAAAGACAAAGAAAGCACAAACAAAACCGGUGCGCUGUUUAUCCCAGAUGCAGUUGAGAUUUAAUCUAAGCACAAACGCAACAUUUCGAGCUAAAUUAUUGGUUGUUUUAGUGGAGUACUUGUGUUAGUUCAGCUUCAGAUGUGUCUGCUUGUCAUCUUGUCACCCUGCAUGUUCAAAUCAGACAGACACACUAAGGAAGAGCUGUUAAGUUCUCAUACUUUUUCAAGUUUUCCGAUCGGAUGGUUAUUUCCUUUUAAAUGCACACGUAAAUUUAAACAUUUGUUCAGUGGGUGAUUGACUGGUGAAGGGCACCUAUUAUGCUUUUGAACAUUCCUAAUUUUGUUUUAAAGGCCUCAUACAAUAGAUUUACAUGCAUCCAAGGUCAAAAAACACUUUAAUUUGCUCAUAAUUUAAAUUGCAGCAUUACCUUUUUUUUUCCAGUGUCAAAAAUGACUCGUUCAAUGAUCCAUUCUAAAGGAUUCAUUCUAAACUCCUUUCAGAGAGCCUACUCUGUUCUGAUUGGUCAGAUGUCCCAGUCUGUUGAGAUUGGUCUACCGCUUAGUGUAGUGUUUGAGGGUGGGUCAAAGCUGUUCGUGAGCAGCCACUGAAGACCAGACGUGGAUUUUUUGUUACCAAAUUAAGUAGGUUAGUACAGGAAGUAAAUCUGGAAUUACUAAUGACUCGUUUCAAGUGUUCAGAAUCGGUUCUUUCUUUUGGGAGUCAGUAACUCCAUUUGUCAUGCACUUAGAUUUUUGAAACUUUGCAGACUUUUUUACAUUCACAAACAGCUAUAUAACACACUACAUGAAAGGUAAUAUUUGAAAAACCAUAAUAGGUGCUCUUUAAACCUAAAAUGCAAUGUAGUGUGUGAUAGAAGAAAUGUGUGAUAGAAGCGAUCUAUCUACAUGAGUCUGCAGUUAGGUGUGUUUAUUUCAUUGUUUUACUUUGUUGUAGAGUGGUAUUCAUUGCUAGACUUGUGUUGUUUGUUUACUGUCUUGAACUCGCAUCGCUUAAAGGUGUGUUGGUGUGUGCUAUAUUGUUUUGACUUGUCCCAGGGUAUUCACUGCUAGAUUUAGAGUUGGUUGUCCAGUGUGUGUAAAACUAUCAUUGUUUUUAGUGUCUAUAAACAGUGCUUCACUUGUUUUGGAGUAUUAUUUAUUGCUAAAGUGCAGCAUAAUUUAUUUGCAGUGUACAGAAGUCACGUUCGUACACGCGCUUGUCACCUCGCGCGACCCUUAGUUUCAGUUGACCACGUGACUAGCUUUGUUGUGCUAAGUAGCAUUAAGGCGUGUCCUGCUUUUUCACUGAACGGCUUGUUAAUAUCAUGUAUAUAUUUUACUUGAAUGCUGAUGCGGAAGUGGUAGCCCUCGUGUAAAGCCCUCCUCAUAUGAAGAUCUACUCAUGUAAAGACCAGCGAGUCUACCUGUGCGAGUCCACCGAGCAAGGACACCAACAAGGCGCCACUCACCGUAGCACUUAAGUAUCUUAAUUUUAUCUCUUUUCUUAUUUUCCUUGUACAUACUAACAUGUCUACUUCACGAAUAACAUAUGCCUUCAAGCACAUCCCUGUUAUCUGUUACAGACCAUUCAAACGAUACAGAUGCAAGACAAAACACAACCCACACAACCUUCGGCCACUUUGCAGUUCAGCAUCUGCUUCGCUCUCUUUCUCAGUGGGACUCUGGAAUUGCCAGUCAGCUGUGAACAAAGCUAACUUCAUUCCAGCCUUUGCCACACAGUCCACCCUCAGCAUCCUGGCACUGACAGAAACAUGGAUACGUCCAGAGGAUACAGCAACACCUGCUGCUCUCUCCAACAACAACAACUUCUCUCACACCCCUCGACACACCGGUAGGGGUGGGGGAACAGGUCAGCUGACAAACUUUAUUGAAGAGUUGGAUGUCCUGCUGUCCUCCUUGUCGGAGGAUGGUAGGACACUUGUGGUUCUUGGUGAUUUCAACAUACACCAAGACAAGCCCCAGGCCACUGAACUGAAUACUCUUCUGGCCUCAUUUGACUUGGAAAGACUACACACCACAGCAACUCACAGAUCGGUCAACCAGCUGGACCUCAUUUUUACACGCCAGCACGUACUACACCACCCAGCCCCUGGCUGUCUGACAUCCUUCGUGAACAUCGGACUGACCUCAGGGCAGCUGAGAGGAGAUGGCAGGAAAUCCAAAGAUCCAGCAGAUCUAGAACAAGCUGCUGGAUGACAACCAGUCGGGCUUCAAAAGUGGACACUCCACCGAGACUGCCCUGCUGUCUGUCACACUGAGAAAGGCGAAAGCUGAAUCGAAAUCAUCCGUCCUGAUUCUGCUGGACCUUUCUGCAGCCUUUGACACAAUCAAUCAUCAGAUCUUACUCUCUACCCUCUCCUCGCUGGGCAUCACAGGAACUGUGCUUGACUUGUUUAAUUCCUAUCUCUCAGGUAGGUCCUUCAAGGUAGCCUGGAGAGGUGAGGUAUCCAAGCCUCAUCAGCUACUUACUGGGGUACCUCAGGGAUCAGUGCUUGGGCCACUUCUCUUCUCUAUAUACACAACAUCACUGGGACCCAUCAUUCAGGCACAUGGUUUCUCUUACCACUGCUACGCUGAUGACACGCAAUUCUACUUGUCUUUCCAGCCCAACGACAUCACAGUGACUGAUCGAAUUUCAGCCUGCCUGGCGACAUCUUGGCCUGGAUGAAGGAACACCACCUGCAACUCAACCCAGCCAAGACUGAACUCCUUCUCUUUCCAGCCAACCCUGCUGUUGAACACAACAUCACCAUGCAUCUGGGUGCAACUACAGCAACGCCUUCCAAAACGGUCAGAAAUAUAGGGGUAACCAUCGACAACAGACUAAAUUUCACAGACCACAUCUCAAAGACCGCAAGAUCAUGUAGAUUUACACUCUACAAUAUCAGGAAGAUAAGACCCUUCCUCUCUGAACAUGCCACACAACUGCUUGUCCAGUCACUUGUCAUAACUAGACUGGACUACUGUAACGCUCUCAUUGCAGGCGUCCCUGCAUGUGCAAUUAGACCCCUGCAAAUGAUCCAGAAUGCAGCAGCACGUCUGGUCUUUAAUGAACCAAAGAGAGCGCAUGUUACACCACUCCUUGUCUCUCUCCACUGGCUGCCAGUUGCUGCACGUAUCAAAUUCAAGGCUCUGAUGCUGGCAUACAGAACAGUCACUGGGUCUGCUCCAGCAUACCUAAAAUCAUUUCUGCAGAGCUACGCGCCCACUAGAAGCCUGCGGUUGGCUAAGGAACGUCGCCUGGUUGUACCAACACAAAGAGGCACCUAAACACUUUCUCGGACUUUCAGCUUCAUCAUACCACGAUGGUGGAAUGACCUUCCCAACUCCAUCCAUGACUCACUCUCUGUCUUCAAAAAAUGACUAAAAACACAUCUUUUCCAUGAGCACUUAACCAGUCAUUAAUAAAAAAUAAAAAAAUAAAAAUAAUAAUUCUUGUUGCACUUUAAUCUGUUUUGAAUACUAUUCUGAUGCUAGUGAAACUUUGUAGUAUGGCACUUUUCAUACCACUGUCUCCUUAAGAUGAUUCGCUUUUGUUUUCCUCUUUUGUAAGUCGCUUUGGAUAAAAGCAUCCGCCAAAUGAAUAAAUGUAAAUGUAAAAUGCAAUGUGGGUUUUGACUACCUCUGUAUGUGUUUUUUGUGAUCCAAUCACAAAACAUUUUGCACCCCGUUUACAACUAUAUUUAGCGCUGACCUCUGCAAUCGGAUCAUCCGAAACACGUCUUAUUCCCAGCUGUAAACAGUCUUAAAAUGCCUGCAGCUAGAGCUAGCGAAUGCUGUAGAACGACUUCUGGCAGAAGUUCCACCCACAUUCGUUUCCCCAGUAAGACCCGCAGGAAAAAUGUGGAUAUGUCAGUGGGAGAUUUUCAAACUUUUACCUUUUAAUUCAUUAUAAAGUAGUUUCUAAAAAUGUUAUUAAAAAUAUAACAUAACACACCUAAGUCUGAAAUUAUUAUAAAAUAUUGCAAAUAUCAGGAUUUCAAUACAGUGCUGCCUCACAACAUGUCAUUAAUUCCUUUAUAUCAAAUGAUUGUCCUUGAACUACCUGUUUGUCUAAAAUCUCAUGUCCAUCAAAAAAAAAAAAAAAAAACUUUUCCUGAAGAUUAUACUGAAGAAUACAUGAUGAAAUAAAAAUCUGUGUCAUGUUUGUAAAAGCUGUUUAAAAAAAAAAUAUUGCAAAAAUUAUAUUAUUUAUUAUUUUCUUUGAAAUAAUCAGUUGAAGAAUAAUGGGUCUUGUAGUCAAGAAUCUAAAGUCUAAAGAGCUGUUGGGAAAUCUCUUUACAUCCUCGGGUAAGGAUGAGGUGCUGAUUGAUUGAAUCAAAUGAUACCCUUGAAUAACAACAAUUUUUUUAUUUAUUUUAAGACAUUUUAAAUGACCUCUUAUUAACUGUAAUAUACAGGUAGAAUCAAACAUUAUUAUGGCCAACUAAACUAACACAAGGCCUUUUAAAAGGAAAGUUCACCCAAAAAUGAAAAUUCUCAUUUAUGCAUCCUCAUGCCAUCCCUGAUGUGUAUGACUUUCUUCUGCAGAACACAAAUUAAGAUUUUUAGAUGAAUAUCUUAGCUCUGUAGGUCCAUACAAUACAAGUGAAUGGUGAACAGAACUCAGAAGGUCCAAAAAGGACAUAAAUGAAGCAUAAAAGUAAUCCAUACAACGCCUGUGAUUAAAUCCAUAUCUUAAGAAGCGAUUUAACAGAUGUGGGUAAGAAAAUUAUAAAAGUGCUUUUUUUUUUCUUCUUUUUUUUCUUUUUCUUUUUCUUAUAAAUCUCCACUUUCACAUUCAGCAUCUACUGGUUGGGGCAGGUCAAAGGUGGAGAUUUAUGGUUAAAAAAAUGACUUACAUUUGUAUUUUAAAAAAAUUAUUUUAUGCAUUUGGCAGACGCUUUUAUCCAAAGCAGCUUACAGUGCCCUGAUUACAGGGACAAUCCCCCUAGAGCAACCUGGAGUUAAGUGCCUUGCUCAAGGACACAAUAGUGAUGGCUGUGGGGAUUGAACCAACAAGCUUCCACUUACCAAUUCAGUGCUUUAGUCCACUACACCACAACAACUCCCACACAUGUCUUUGUUGGUUUAACGUUCCCAUGCUCAGUGAACACGCUGAACUUGACACUGAGAGAUACAGUGUUGAAGCACCCAAAUAUUGAAUUUAUAUUAUAAUGUAUGUUUUGAUAAAUGUGUUAAAAUAUGUGUUUAUGUGUUUAAUGUUCAAGUGGGUUAAUGUGUGGUUAUGUGGGUGGAGUAUUUUGUCCAUAAGUUGAUUUUAAUCAAGUAUAAUAUGGGGCUCGUUAACAGCCUUAUUUUGCCCUUGUUGUGCUGCGGCCUUAGCUACAUGUGCGCAGCAUGUGUUCCCCAGAUUCCCCAGGCCAAUAAACCAGCCAAGUUGAAUUUGUA